AUGCCACGCGAUUUGCCGGAGGCGCUCGAGCUGGAGCUCUCGGUGGCACCAGAGUCACUGCCGCGCCAGGAGUUGGCCCAGGUGGAUCUCCUGCUGGCGCCGCCGCCGCUGCAGCGACUCAAGAGACUACUUCCUCAGCUGGCACAGCUCGGCAUUGCCACGCUGAAGCUUUGCCGGGUUCCAGGUGGGGACAAGGAGGUCUUCCACUGCCACCUCCUGCGGGACCCGCGGAAGAUGCGGCCGCUGCUGCUGCAAGGCCUGGAGCAGAGCGGCUUCACGCAGGUGCCCGCCAUCGAGCAGUAUCGAAGCCUGGACAGCUGCCUGUCGCAGUCUUCCGAUGGCUGGCGGGUGAUUCCAACACAAGGCCCAGACUGCUUCUCGCCCCGGCCGCCAUCGCCUCCAUCCACAUCGGACCGCGUGCUAGUGGCUGUGGGCCCCGAGGGCGGCUGGCCGCCGGCAGAGGCGUCUCUGCUGGCGGAGCAGGGCUUCCAGCAGCUUUGCCGGGAGUUUGGGCCCGAGGGCCUUGAGCUUGGAAUUGCAGGCCAUCAGCUGUGUCUCACUGUGCGACGCAGCGCUGCGAGACGAAAAAUCCAAGGCUUGCGGCUUCUGCAACGAAGUCCUGUGCCCAAAGCGCCGUAA